AUGAAUAUCACUUUCUCUUGCAGCACGGCCUCAAUAUCCACAGAUAAAAAGACCGCGUCCAAGGCCGAUCCAAUUUUUAGCGUCUUCAUGGACGAGUCCUCAGAUGAGGAGGAAGAGGAGGACGAGAGAGAGGGCGAGGACGAUGAAGAGGACGAUGAAUAUGACCUCGAAGGUCAUCAAGCCGACAACAACUUCUCUUCGGCCCAGCUGGACUGGAUAGAGAGCAGCUGCAGCAACUUGGAAAACUUUAUCAUGUCCUACGGGUUCAGGUUCUAUGAUGAGAAUGAUGUCAAGGAAACAAAGGCGAUAGUGGAUGCCUUUAUAGGCGAGGACAAGGGACCGGUUUGA